GGAGCCGGGCCGGUGCGGGCCGGGCGGCAGCGGGGAUGGGCCAUGUGGCGGCGGGGCGCGGCCUGGGCGUGGGGCCGGCGGGGCGCGGGCACUGCCGUCCCGGGCCCCUCAGCGGGCGGGCCCCGCGCCGCUGCCGACCAUAAGCAUCUGAUAAAAAAAGAUGCUAGAAAGAGAAUUAUCUGUAUCGAGGGCAACAUUGCCAGUGGAAAAACAACAUGCUUGGAUUAUUUUGCACAGACUACCAGCAUUGAGGUUUUGAAGGAACCCUUGACCAAGUGGAGGAAUGUUCGAGGUCAUAAUAUCCUGGGCUUAAUGUACCAGGAUGCAUCAAGGUGGGGGAUAACUCUGCAGACCUAUGUCCAGCUGACCAUGCUGGAGCAGCACACCAGGCCCAUGAUUUCCCCCAUAAGGAUGAUGGAGCGGUCGAUUCACAGUGCAAAACACAUUUUUGUGGAAAACCUCUAUCGAAGUGGGAAAAUGCCAGAGGUGGAUUAUGCUGUCCUGAGUGAAUGGUUUGACUGGAUCCAGAACAACACUGAUGUUUCAGUUGAUUUGAUAGUUUAUUUGCAGACAUCUCCUAAAGUUUGUUAUGAGAGGCUAAAGACACGAUGCAGGGAAGAGGAAAAAGUCAUUCCUCUGCAUGGCCCCUCAUGCCAGCAGGCUUCUAAAGAAGGCUGACCAGACAUGAAUGCAGUUCCCUCUGCAGCUCUGGGUGGGUGGCUCAGGAGAAGCAAUCGUCAGUUGAAGAUCUGUGCAAAGAGCUAAAUUUUGGGCCAUGUGAAAUUUUGAGAAUAAAUCCUCCUGUCAUGGAUUUGAAGAACCCUUGUGUUAUUUUGCAGCUCUGCUGAAGAGGAGGGGAGCAGUUAUAAAUGAGCAAUGUGAAGUGGUCUCCAUGAAGAAAAAAGCCAGUUCAUGACAGGCAGGAGAGCUUUUAGAGGAAAUUGAGUUAUGAGACAGUGAGCUGGGAAUUCUAGGGAAAUGUACUGAAACAGAAAGUGCCUCCCAUACAUAUUCUUUGCAGCCUUGCCCUUUUUGUCCUUACUUUGUUGCAUUUUUUUUUCCUGUAAAAUCUUGAGCCACAUUUUACCUGUGGGAGAGAAUCACGGUUGCUUGAUCUUAAGAGGAGCUGAGAGCCCUGUGCUCCUGUAAGCUGUGUCUUUGAGGUCUUCCUGGAGUUAAACUUUGUACUGGGAAUUAAUUUUUCUCAAAAACCUUCUGAUGCUUUUUUUUUUGUUAGUGGAAGAUAUUUGCUGCAGGCUUUCAUAUGUGUCUCUUAACUACUUCCCAAUGGAUAAAGAUUGCAAUGUGUGUGUCAUCCCUGAGCAUUUGUAUUAUUCC